GCCCCAGGCCAGGCCCUGCCGCGGCCGCAAGUCACUUCCUGCCCUCGCGCACCAUCCGGCUCCGGGGUCGCGUCGAGUUUGGGUCGGGACGAGGCGGAGAGGUCCUCCCUCCUCCCCUCCGUCCCUUCCCGGCGGAGCAGAAACAAGAACUGAAUGUGGAAGAAGGAGAAUAGGUCAUUGAAGGGGAAAAUGCCUCUAAGGGACAAAUGUUGUCAGACUGAUCACCAUCACCAUGGAUGCUGUGAACCAGUGCAUACUCUGGAGCCUGGAGAUCCUCCUCUAUUACAGCAGCCUCUUCAGACUUCAAAAUCUGGCAUUCAACAAAUUAUUGAAUGUUUUCGAUCAGGAACCAAACAACUUAAGCAUAUUUUGCUGAAAGAUGUGGACACUAUAUUUGAAUGUAAAUUGUGCCGCAGCCUCUUCAGAGGAUUACCAAAUUUAAUAACCCACAAAAAAUUCUACUGUACUCCAAGUCUUUUGCUAGAUGACAAUUCUCCUGAUGUAAAUGAUAAACAAGGUCAAGCCAUAAGUGAUCUUCUAGAAGCUAUGUAUCCAAGGGUAGACAAGCAAGAUUAUAUAAUCCGUCUGGAACCUAUAGAAACAAAUAAGAAUGCUGUUUUUCAGUAUGUUUCAAAGGCUGAUAGCUCAGCUGAGAACACUGAGGUGAAUGUCACUCAUGCUCAAGGUUCUGUAGACAUUUCAGAGACUGCCACAGAACCUCCAAAUACAAUUCCAGCUCCUUCAGAUUCAGAAACUUUAGAUGUUUUUCCUCUUCCUCCUCUAACUCCGUCUGCUAACAAGGCAAUAUUGAUUUCAGGUAAUUCAGUGCCACCAUCAAAGCCUGUGUUGAAAUGCAAGAAUAACUCUGAUUCUGGUCAUCAAUUAAUUUGCUCUCUGUGUAAAAAGGAAUUUCAUUCCAGACGCAGUAUACGCCGACAUAUUAGAAAAGUGCACAAAAAAAAGAUGGAAGAGCUAAAGAAAUUCAUUGAAAUGAAAAAAAGACCAAGACAGACAUUUGGAAGGGGACGCAACAAAAAUAUUCUUGUAACACUGGGCAAAAGUUGUACGGUAUGUUUUAAAUCCUUUGCUACAAAAGCCAAUGUAAGAAGGCAUUUUGAUGAAGUUCACAGAGGAUUGAGGAGAGAUUCCAUAACACCUGAUAUAGCUACAAGACCGGGACAGCCUUUGUCCUUGGAAAAAUCUUCUGCUAAAAAAUCUUUUAAGAUCCGAAAACAAAAGUCAUCAUCAAAGACAGAGUACAACCUAACUACAUGCAAAUGCCUCUUGUGCAAGAGAAAAUAUAGUUCCCAAUUAAUGCUUAAAAGGCACAUGUUAAUUGUUCACAAGAUAACUCUUUCUACCAAGAAUGCUGAAAAAGAAACAAAGAUAAAUAAUGUUCGUAACACAGAAGCAAAAGUUAAAACAGAUUCAAUAGAGUCUGCAGAAUUAGUGCCUUCUUUAAUUAUUUCUCCACAUAAUGAUGCGAAAGUAACAAAUUCUUUAAAUGAAAGAAAGAAUGAAGAGGGCACUGAGAAGAAGAACACACCAUCAGUUGAGAGGAAGAACAUAUUGCCUACUGAAAAGAAAAAUGUACCAUCUUUUGAGAAAAAAAGCACAACACUAGUUGUGAAAAAACCUUUCACAUUAGCUGAUGGAAAAAGUGCACCAUCCACAGAAAGAAAAAAAUCAUCAGCAGUAGAGAGAAAAAAUGAAUCAUUCUCUAAAAGAAAACGUGCACCAUCUACAGAGGAAAAAAAUGUACUACCUGCAAAGAAGAAAAGGGCAGCAUCUGCUAAGAGAAAAGGUGAGAAGAGAAGAAGUGCACCAACUGUAGAGAAAAGGAAUGUACUACCAGCUAAGAGAAAAAGUGAAUCAUCUGCUGAAAGAAAAUGUGCACCACCAGCUAAGAGAAAAGUUGCACCAUCUGAGAAAAAAAGUUCGCUAUCUGCUAAGAGAAAAAGUGUGUUAUCUGCUAAGAGAAAAAGUGCACCUUCAGCUGAGAGAAAAAAUGUGUUACCUGCUGAGAGAAAGAAUGCAUCAUCUGCAGAGAAAAUAAGUGCACCAUCUGGUGAGAGAAAGAAUGCGUCAUCUGCAGGGAGAAAAAAUGCAUCAUCUGCAGAGAAAAUAAGUGCACCAUCUGCUGAGAGAAAGAAUGUAUCAUCUGCAGGGAGAGAAAAUGCAUCAUCUGCAGAGAAAGUAAGUGCACCAUCUGCUGAGAGAAAGAAUGCAUCAUCUGCAGGGAGAGAAAAUGCAUCAUCUGCAGAGAAAAUAAAUCCACCAUCUGCUGAGAGAGAGAAUUCAUCAUCUGCAGGGAGAGAAAAUGCAUCAUCUGCAGAGAAAAUAAGUCCUCCAUCUGCUGAGAGAGAGAAUUCAUCAUCUGCAGGGAGAAAGAAUUCCUUAUCUGCAGGGAGAAAGAAUUCCUUAUCUGUAGGGAGAAGAAAUGCAUCAUCUGCAGAGAGAAAAAAUGCACCAUCUGCAGGGAGAAAAAAUGCACAAUCUGCAGAGAAAAAAAGAACAGUAUCUGCUGAGAGCAAGAAUGCAUCAUCUGCAGUGAGAAAGAGUAUGGCAUCUGCUAAGGAAAAAAAUACCCCAUCUGUUGAGAGAAAAAAUGUGUCAUCUGCCAGGAAAAAAUGUACUGCUUCUGCUGAGAGAAAACGUACAGCAUCUGCUAAGAAAAAAAGUACAGCAUCUGCUGAGAAAAAAAGUGCAGCAUCUGCUGAGAAGAAAAGUGCGGCAUCUACUGAGAAGAAAAGUGUGGCAUCUGCCGAGAAAAAACGUGCAGCAUCUGCCAAGAAAAAAUGUGCAGCAUCUGCUAAGAAAAAAUGUGCAGCAUCUGCCAAGAAAAAAUGUGCAGCAUCCUCCAAGAAAAAAUGUGCAGCAUCUGCCAAGAAAAAAUGUGCAGCAUCUGCCAAGAAAAAAUGUGCAGCAUCUUCCAGAAAAAAAGGCACAGUAUCAGCAGAGAAAAAAAGUGCAGCGUGUGUAGAGAAAAAAAGGGCAACGCCCACAAAGAGAAAUAACGUUAAACAGAACUCUGAAAAUGUCAAGCGAAGUGGUCAGAAUCUUGUGGCUUGUCCCAAGAAACCCAGGAAGCCAAGACUUACACCUGGUUUUGAUUUUAAAAAGCUUUACUGUAAACUGUGUAAACGCCAAUUUUCUUCUAAGCAAAACUUAGCAAAACACAUUGAAUUGCAUACAGAUGGAAAUAACAUAUAUGUUAAAUUCUAUAGGUGUCCUCUGUGCACUUACGAAACACGCCGGAAGCGUGAUGUGAUAAGACACAUAACUGUAGUACAUAAGAAGUCUCCAAAUUACCUCGGUAAAGUAACUGCAAGUUUAGAAGUCCGAGCUGUAAAAAAGUCCGUUGACUAUGUUCUAAACAAGGUAGUUAAAAGAGGCCCUCAUAGGGGUGAAAGUAAACAAAAUGGUCUUAAACAGGACAUCACCUCUAACUCGCCAAGUAAAAAGUAUGAAGGAUCUGAUGUUGGCAUUGAAGUAAAAGUGACAAAAAACUUUUCUCUGCACACAUGUGAUAUAUGUGGGAAAGCAUUUGCAAAAAAGACUUUUUUGGAAUGCCACAAGAAAACUCAUAAAAUAAAUGCAUCACAUUUAAUUGAAGAAGAUAAUAAAACCAAAGGCAGAAGUACAAGAUCCAAAGUUCUCAUCUAAUGAAGAACACUUAGUGCCUUCUUUAAUUAUUGCUAUUUUUUCCGUUGGUACUCUGCUCAAAUAUUCAAAUACUCUUUUCUUCCUAGCCCUGAUGUGAUAGAGGAGAAAAAACUGUAGUGCAUUUAUUCCUUUUCCCCCUGUGGCAUGAUGCAAAGAGUUGGACUUCUAAAAUUGUCUUUAAAAAGAAUACUGAGUCUAGAACAGCUUGAGGACUAGUUCUACAAAGUUUAAUAUUAUUGAGUUAUUUUGGCAAACCAAAUAGGUUUAAAAUUAAUAUUGCACUUCAUCGGUAUUGACCAGGCAGAGAAAGUCUUGAUCAGCUGAAGAUGGCCUGUAAGUUCUGGGUUGCUGAACUGCGGUUUUCAUUUGUUAGCAAACAUUUUUGACAUAGAGUUUUCACUGAUCGAGGAUUUUUGUUUCAUUUUUAGACCUUUUUAUCUGAAUGUGUGUGACUAUUUUCCUCCCAAAUGCCAUGUUUAAAAAGGAUGGGAAGGAAAACCUCUUCUACAGUUCCGUUUUAUGCAGUGAAUAUUUUGUUAGUAAACAUUUUUGGCAUAGACUUUUCACAAAAUACUACUACUGUAGUGAAUAUUUUAAAAUGUUAGUAUAUUAUAGAGCUGACAUAUUUGCAUUACAAAUGCCCAUUCUCUCUUCUUUGACACAGUCCCUAAAAAUAAAUCCACAUAUUUUCUGAUUGAGGAUAUUUGUUUCAUUUUUAGACCUUUUUUCUGAAUUUUUGUGACUAUUAUCCUCCCAAAUGCCAUGUUUAAAAAGGAUGGGAAGGAAAACCUCUUCUACAGUUCCAUUUUAUGCAGUGAAUAUUUUGUUAGUAAACAUUUUUGGCAUAGACUUUUCACAAAAUACUACUACUGUAGUGAAUAUUUUAAAAUUAUAGUAUAUUAUAGAGCUGACAUAUUUGCAUUACAAAUGCCCAUUCUCUCUUCUUUGACACAGUCCCUAAAAUAAAUCCACAUAUUUUCUGAUUGAAGAUAUUUGUUUCAUUUUUAGACCUUUUUAUCUGAAUUUUUGUGACUAUUUUCCUCCCAAAUGCCAUGUUUAAAAAGGAUGGGAAGGAAAACCUCUUCUACAAUUCCAUUUUAUGCAGUGAAUAUUUUGUUAGUAAACAUUUUUGGCAUAGACUUUUCACAAAAUACUACUACUGUAGUGAAUAUUUUAAAAUUAUAGUAUAUUAUAGAGCUGACAUAUUUGCAUUACAAAUGCCCAUUCUCUCUUCUUUGACACAGUCCCUAAAAUAAAUCCAUAUAUUUUCUGAUUGAGGAUUUUUCUUUCAUUUUUAGACCUUUUUAUCUGAAUGUUUGUGACUAUUUUCCUCCCAAAUGCCAUGUUAAAAAAGGAUGGGAAGGAAAACCUCUUCUACAGUUCCAUUUUAUGCAGUGAAUAUUUUGUUAGUAAACAUUUUUGGCAUAGACUUUUCACAAAAUACUACUACUGUAGUGAAUAUUUUAAAAUGUUAGUAUAUUAUAGAGCUGACAUAUUUGCAUUACAAAUGCCCAUUCUCUCUUCUUUGACACAGUCCCUAAAAAUAAAUCCACAUAUUUUCUGAUCGAGGAUAUUUGUUUCAUUUUUAGACCUUUUUAUCUGAAUUUUUGUGACUAUUUUCCUCCCAAAUGCCAUGUUUAAAAAGGAUGGGAAGGAAAACCUCUUCUACAGUUCCAUUUUAUGCAGUGAAUAUUUUGUUAGUAAACAUUUUUGGCAUAGACUUUUCACAAAAUACUACUACUGUAGUGAAUAUUUUAAAAUUAUAGUAUAUUAUAGAGCUGACAUAUUUGCAUUACAAAUGCCCAUUCUCUCUUCUUUGACACAGUCCCUAAAAAUAAAUCCCCAUAUUUUCUGAUCGAGGAUUUUUGUUUCAUUUUUAGACCUUUUUAUCUGAAUUUUUGUGACUAUUUUCCUCCCAAAUGCCAUGUUUAAAAAGGAUGGGAAGGAAAACCUCUUCUACAGUUCCAUUUUAUGCAGUGAAUAUUUUGUUAGUAAACAUUUUUUGGCAUAGACUUUUCACAAAAUACUACUACUGUAGUGACUAUUUUAAAAUUAUAGUAUAUUAUAGAGCUGACAUAUUUGCAUUACAAAUGCCCAUUCUCUCUUCUUUGACACAGUCCCUAAAAAUAAAUCCAUAUAUUUUCUGAUCGAGGAUUUUUGUUUCAUUUUUAGACCUUUUUAUCUGAAUUUUUGUGACUAUUUUCCUCCCAAAUGCCAUGUUUAAAAAGGAUAGGAAGGAAAACCUAUUCUACAGUUCCAUUUUAUGCAGUGAAUGUUUUUCAGUGGUAAAGACCAGGCCUAAUGUUAAACUGAAAUAUAUGUUGGUGUAGCUUAUAAAAUAGAAAACUGUAUUUGAAACUAUAGGAAAGAUUUCUAAUCUCCAAGAAUUAUUUUUUGUUAAGAGCAUGACUGUGUUGAUACUUCUGUUCCAAAAGUCUUCAUUGCUUGAAACAGGCUUCCCAGCUUAAACCAUUUGUUUUCUGAUUUUAACAUGAAACGAUUUGUAUAUGGACAAGCCUCCAGCUAUUUGGAAAGCAACCCUUAGGUUGUUUAGAGAUUUUUGUAUGAUUUUAAAGUUAGAGAUGAGUUUUGAGGUUGUAUCCAACCUCAAUCAACCAAAUGAAGAGGAAGACAUUUCUGGCAGUUUUCCUUCUUGUCGCAGUGUCCUUAUAACUACCCAGAUUUGCUUCAGAGCGGCAUGAAAAUUGGCAGAAAAGAGUAGGGAAUUCCUAUAAAUCUAUAUAUGAAAACUUUUAAAAGUAACCUUUAUAAGUAACACCCAAUUGGAUACAACCCCUUAAUACCUUUAUUGAAGAGAUAAAGCCAUCCUGUUUUUUGUGCCAUGAGCUUUCAUCUCAUCUUUUAGGUUGACUGACUAUUUGUAUACAUAACUUGCUUUAACAUCAAAUGAUAUGUGGGAAAAAUUGAUGCAAAGACCACUAAUGUAUUUUGUAUAAAGAGAGAAAAUAUUUUUAUAAGCUAUUUUCUUACUAAAUGUAUUGACUGGUCAUAAACCUUGUCCAGAAGUUUCAAUGGCGGUUAAACUGCAUUGGAAACAAUACUUAAACUGAAGGCCAGCUGUCUUCAUGUAAUUCAAUAAAAAUAGAAAAAUAAAUGUUUUAAAAGGGAAUUUUUGCAAACAUUUUUAGAAGAACCAUUUUUAAAGAAAAUAUACAGUUUGGAGCAUCUGUGCCAUACUUAAACCUGAUUUUGUUGAACAAGGAUUUUGUGAUAUACUACUAAGCAAAUGCUUGCUGUGUGAUGUACUUUAAACAUAUAUUUUUAUAAAUGAAUGUAUAUGAGCGAAUAGUUACUUAGUAUAAUUUGAAUGAUUUGUAUUUGAAUUGUAAUAAUUCUAGACUUUGCUCUAAUGUCUCUUUACUGUUGACUAAUAUUUUUUGGUGAGAUGGUAUUCAAUUUGAACGGACGUUCUUUCAAAGAUUCAUAAUAAUUUGUAUGGUUAGUCUAUUGGACACUCUUUCAUAUGGAAGUUUACAAGUAACCCACAUUCCCCUAUUUUAAUUUUUAAGAAUAUAUAUUCACAAGCACUUUAAUAGCUCCAGUUUUUUUUUAAAAAAGUUGUUUUUAAUAGACAGUACACUAAUAUUAAGAAAAUAGCUGUUGUUUUUGUAGAGAAGUCAUAUACAACUAUUUGUUAUAGAACCUUAACUAUUGUUAAAAGAAGAUAUUGUAGGAUAUUUUUUUCAAUUUUUUGCCCACAAGAUGUUGAACAACCAUUGUAGGUAGCACUUGACUUUCACUGUAAAGUUUAUGAAAGGGCUAUUUGUUCUUGUCUAUUUUUAAUUACUUCUGUAGUGUCUACCAUUACGAAUGUUAGCAGGGAUCUGCGCAUUAUAAUUUUUUUUAGAACAUUUAGCGAUAAAUUGUCACAAUGAAAAAAAUAAACAUUAAAAAAUGCCAUUUAAAAUAUAUAUUGGUUAACUCUCUUGCUUAGGGAAUACUUUAUGCCAAUUUACACUUUCUGUAUGACAGAUAUCUAAAAUGUUUACCAUAAGUAAGAAUUUUUAAUGAAUAAAUUUUGCCAUUUAGUGCUUUGCACUAAAACUAUGGAUGAAAAAUAGAUUGUAACUGUUGUUGCAAAUGUUGUUAUAUUGAAUGUUCAUGCUUUUUUGGAUAAAUGUACUUUAUUUGGAAAUAAAACAGACUGGAAAUUA